CUUAGGGGACUGUGGUUCAAACCCUGUGAAUGUUGUGCGAGCCAUUGGGGAAUCCUCCCCUUCCCGUCGUGCCUCGGGCUCCGGGCUCCGAGCGGACCCGGAAGUUCCGGGUGGAGUUCCGGGUGCCAACGAGUCUUCUGACUGCAGACAUGGCCGCGCUCUGCCUCUUCGACGUGGAUGGGACCCUGACUGCCCCGCGGCAGAAAAUUACGAAAGAAAUGGAUGGCUUCCUGCAAACAUUGAGGCAGAAGACCAAAAUUGGAGUGGUAGGUGGGUCGGAUUUUGAGAAAGUGCAAGAGCAACUGGGAAAUGAUGUGAUUGAGAAGUAUGAUUAUGUGUUUCCAGAGAAUGGCUUGGUAGCAUACAAAGAUGGGAAGCUUUUGUGUAAACAGAGUAUUCAAGGUCAUCUGGGAGAGGCAGUGAUCCAGGACCUGAUCAACUACUGUCUGAGCUACAUUGCAAAAAUUAAACUCCCUAAGAAAAGGGGAACUUUCAUCGAAUUCCGAAAUGGCAUGUUGAACGUGUCCCCUAUUGGAAGAAGCUGCAGCCAAGAAGAACGAAUUGAGUUCUACGAACUUGAUAAAAAAGAAAAUAUACGACAAAAAUUUGUAGCAGACCUGAGGAAGGAAUUUGCAGGGAAAGGCCUCACUUUCUCUAUAGGUGGCCAAAUCAGCUUUGACGUCUUUCCUGAUGGAUGGGACAAGCGGUAUUGCCUGAGACACCUAGAACAUGAUGGUUACAAGACCAUCUAUUUCUUUGGAGACAAGACUAUGCCGGGUGGCAAUGACCAUGAGAUCUUCACAGACCCCAGAACUGUGGGCUACACGGUGACAGCACCCGAAGACACACGCAGGAUCUGUGAGGAGCUCUUCCCUUAACAACAGAGGAAUGGGGUCCUGGCCAACAAAACUGAAAGGUCACUCAGGGUCAGAGGUCACGUAGUGCCAGAGCUGGAGUCCCUCCUCUCGUGCAUCUGCCCCUAGCCUCCAGCCAGGCUGUUCUCAUAGGUCCAGUCACACAGGGACUAGAGGUCAUCUUACUGGGCAUGCCAGUAGGCCAUGCCUCCACCUCCGCCCAGUAUCACCAGCAGCCCCAAGGGAAAGGAAAGAACUUAAGUCAGAAAUGGCUG